AUGGCGCAAGUAUCUACCAUUGCAGGAUCGGAAAAUUUAAAAAAUAAUUACCAUCAAAACACAACCAUGUACUAUUUAAGAUUGAAUGAGGAUCGAAGAGCAACUUCGCAUGACCAAUGUGAUUUGCCUGAAUCAUCGAUUGGCGAAGAACCUAAUUCAUUUUUAACACAACCAGAAUUAUAUCAUGUAAAAGCAGAAGAAAAUAACAUUGAAAAUUCAAUUUCUCAUGCUUCGUCGAUACCCUACGAAUCUUUAGGACAUCAGCCGAAACCAGAAGUUUAUUACAUAACUCUACGACAUGAAAACAUAGCCGAAUACAAUAGACAAUCACCAGUUGCGAACAAUACUGUAAAUGAUCAUAGAAUACAUCCGAACAAUUCAUCGGAAGGUACAGUUACAGCAUAUAUGAUAGCAACAGUCAAAGAAGAUGAUUCGGAAAGUAAUUCAUUGCCUCCUAUCCGACCUCGCAAGAAAAAACACACUGUAUCAUUUAAUCUUGCUGAUAAGAAUGAUAAAUAUGAUCGAAAUGAUUUUCCAAUAGGACCUCAAGAUGUAACAACAAAUUUUCGUUAUACACCGUUAUCACAAUCAAAAGCAUCAGAAAGUAUUAGGCGUAGUAUGAACAAAUAUCGUUUUGGUGAAAUUUAA